AUGUCCGUAUCAGACGCAAUAACUCAGACCCGGACUGACAUUGAUAGCCUCGACGGUCAUGGGUGGUGUCCGUUGCACUGGGCAAUCUAUCUUGACGACUACACUUCGUUCGAGGUCCUGCUAUACCGUGGUGCAAGCCCGAAGACAGAGACCAGAAGCGGCUGGACACCACUUCAUUAUGCUGCCCGAUAUGAGCCUCCUGGCUCAGUGAGAAUGGCUGAAGCAGUCAUUGACGCCGGCGCAGAUGUGAGUGCACAGGUCAAAAACUACCGUGGCAACGAAGGAGAAACUGCAAUCAUCUUUGCCUUUGACAACCCAGAGAUGGUUGAACUUUUGCUGCGGCACGAUUCCCCGUUUGUAGUCAAAACAGACACCGACUGGGUGUGUCCGCUGUCGUACCGAGCUCGCCGGACGAGCAAUGUCGAUCGUUGGGACCCUAGAAGGUGGGACUGGGAACGAUCUCUUGGUCUACUUUGCAGUGCCGGGUUGGACCUCGAUCUGCGAUCACAGCAACCGGGCUUCGACGGCCGUACCCCCCUUCACGAUACGAUUCUGUGGCGCAACUUGGCACUGAUGGAGCUCUUGAUCCAACGCAAGGCUAGGCUCGAUGCCAUAGACAAGUACGGGUCAGGCAUCCUUCACUUUGCAGGACAAAGUGCGAAUCUCGACCUGAUCAAAGUCUUGCAGGAUGCUCAGAUUCGCGGUCUGAACCCAGAUGAAGCAAACAUUGCUGGCGAUACACCGAUGAAGAUCAUGACAGCGCGUAUGUAUGGCAGCGACGAACGGAGACAACCAGGCGAGACGAGGCCAUCAUUCGAGGAGUGGUUGGCCUUCAAACAACUGCUGCAGGAAAUACGGGACCGCAACUAUGAUGAUUCCACAACAGGCGGUAAUCGCCCGGAUUUCCUUGCGAAUUCUUCGCACGGCUCCCAACCAGAAGACUGGACACUUGGUAGUGAUAGCGUCUAUCAAACUGCUGUUCAGUCCUUCAGGAGCAAGCCGUUAUCAACGACUGUCGACGAUGCCGCCUCUGUGGGGAUUUCGGAGGACAACCACAGUGAUGAGGAUCAGUAUUUCAACAAAUUUGAGGGCUACUGA